AUUCAUCCAACAGUACCUCUCGACCCCCUCUUGCCUUAAACUCAGGACACUUUAAAUAGCAAGCCGACCCCCUGCUUUUCCCAUACCUGCUUUUCACCUCUCUUCUCCUCGCAGAAUGACCAGGAGCCUGAAGCAAGUGGCCGCACUGCUUGUGGCACUGCUAUGCCUGGAUCCUCACGGGCACGGGGGCUUCUCCGCACCCAUCUGCAUGCAUGGGCCAGCAGGAUGUCACGUCCCGUCUCUGGCAGAUCUCUUCGACAGGGUCAUUCAGCACUCGGCCAGAAUGCACAGCCUCUCAAAUGAUCUGCACUCAGAGUUUGAACAGUAUUUCCUGCCCAGCAAAAACCAUAUAGGAAAGAUCUACCGUAAAUGUCACACCGCUAACAUACUAACUCCGAACGGAAAAGAAAACGCACAAAAACUUGCACGUGAAGAGUUGACGGAGGUGAUUCUGAAAUUGCUGAUGGCCUGGAGGGACCCUUUGUUCCAGUUACACCAAAGCAUGGCUCACCAACAAGAUUUCAACAGCUUCAGCAGCAACAAAGCCCUGGAGAUGGGUGACAUGGCUCACGAGCUGAGGAAAGGAGUGGAGAAAAUUGCUGAGAAGAUGAGAGUGCUAGGAAUGCUGGGUAAUGCAGUCCCAGCUCUAUCUUCACAGGAAGCCUUGGUUCCUGUGUCCGACAGCGGAGAAGCUAUGAGCGACUACGAGCUUCUCUACUGCUUUCGUCGUGACUCUAAUAAAGUCCAGAAUUAUCUAAAGAUCCUUCAAUGCAGGAUCGUAACCGAGCAUGACUGUUAGCAGAAAAACACAGGCUUUUCAUCCGGACAGUGCUGUGGACAUAAACUCACUUAUCAAGCAUGUGUUUGACUCUGUGCCAAUUAUGACUCUGCCAGAUCCUUACAACUAAACUUGAAAGUCAUAUCCAAUAGGACACAGUUUCUAAAGCUUUGCAGUCUAUCACUCCAAACCAAUUCAUUGUAACAAUUAUCAAAAGAAAGAUAAUAUGCAGGAGAACUGGGCAAAGUUGUGUUUCGCAAACAGAAAAGUCAAUUUAUCACGCAUAUUCUGCAUAUGUACCAAGUGUUUUGCCAAUUUUUAAAUCAU